AUGGCCAGUAAUCAGACCACCACGCCUCCGCCAACUCUGCAGAGGGGGAAAGCAUGCUUGCGUUGCAGGUAUUUUCUCUACUCCAUCAUCCAUCAAAAGUCGUUAACCAUGCUCAAACGCGCCUUGUCCAGAAAAAGGAAGAUGAGAUGUGACGGGAGCAAACCUGCUUGUCAACAAUGCGUGCGUGCAAAACAGCAUGACGCUUGUCAGUACGACGAUGGAAAGGGAAAAACGAGAACUCAACUUCUUCGUGAACAUAUUGAGCGUUUAGAACAGCGUAUACGAGAGCUCGAGGAUCCCGAGUACACCUCACCAUCCGUUACUCUACACGAUCCACACCGUCAUGGCCGCUCAGAAAGCUCGUCGUCUUCCCUUACCGGUUCUCCGGCAAGUACAGGCUUCUCACUUUCAGUGUCUUCCUUCUCUCCUUCCGCAAAUAACUCCCCCCAAAGCUCCUGGAUACAGGGCAUUCCCUCGCCUUCGCCCACGCCAUUUACGGAUAUCUACCACGAGGAACCACAGCCCACAAUAGAGCUCGCUCAGACUCUCGUAGACGUCUUUUUUUCGCAUUGUCGUCAAUCCCUCCUGGGUCUGCACAUGGGUCGACUACGAGAAUCGUUCACUCGACCUGUCAUGGAGCAGCAUCACCCUGUCCUCACCAAUGCCAUCUUUUUGUGGGCAUGCUUUAUCUCCAGACCUGGUCCUCUUAGUACGCACGAGUCUCAUUACUUGAGUCGAGCCCUCGACUCUCUCAGCGAUGCCCUCCAGUACCAAAACAGGUUGCUUGAUGUCAUCCAAGCAUCCUGUCUUCUGUCUGUGUACUUUCUAUCAAAUGGAAGGGCACUAGAAGGCAGUUACCAUGCCAACGCUGCCGCAUCACUGGCUAUUCAAUGCGGCCUUCACGGAGCAAUAAUUAAUCGAUCAUCAUCAUUUGAGACCACAGCCUCCAUUUCACCCUUCAAACUUGACCCCCCGAAAGACGCUAUCGAGCAGGGCGAGCGCAUAUUGACGUUUUGGCAGGUAUUUGCCCUGGAUCGGUGCUGGUCGGUAGUACUUCACAAGCCAGUGACCAUACCGCAUGGUUCAGAUGGAUACCCGUCCAUCAUAUUGCCGUGGCCGCAAGAUAUGGAAGAAUAUGUAGCAGGUCAAAUCGAUGAUUUGCACAGCUUCCAUACUGUUCGGAGCUUCUUUGACCAUCAGGUCACAAACGUCCGCGGAGGGUUUUCCCCACUGGCCCUCCGUGUCAAAGCAUCCGCUCUGUUCGAACGUGCGCACCACCUCGCGUCAACCUGGGACCAACCUUUAGCCAUGUCGAGCGCAUUUACCGACGACUUUCAAACUUUAGAACACACAAUCGCCCAUUUUAUCCCAACCCUUAUUCCAGUGCAUCAACUUGACGCCACAGUGCCUGACGAGAAACACGCCUACAUUGUGACACACACACUAGCUCACGCUGCGAUGAUAAAUCUGUAUUAUCCAUUCGGCGCCGAAGACCCUAUCUCAUAUGACAAAUGCCUUCGAGCUGCGCGGUGUCUUGUGUCCAUUAUCAAGCACAUUGCUGACGCAGAUUACGAGUUUCUCGAUCCCAUCAUCGGUCCCUGUUGGACGUGCGCUGUGGACACGUUGAUUCGGGAACUCAAUGUUAUUGAGUCUUCGUGGCCGCUCGUCAGCAGCUCGGAUGUCCGUAGUGAAAUCGGGACCAUGCUUUACGCCAUGAACAACCUUAGCGCAUGCUUCCCCCUGCUGGGAUAUUCAGUGGCCAAGGUACAAAAGCGGCUGUCAGGGCUGUAG